AUGCUUUACACCAGUAGUGGUGCCGCUGAAUGUUGGCACAUGUCUCAGCCUUCCAUAUAUAAGCUUAACUGCGUGGUGAGAAUCGCUGUCAAAAAUCGAAAGAGAGGAAGUAAGUAUUCAUCUAUAUCAAGCUAUUUGACACUCCUAACCAUUCAUCACAUUCAUUUUAAUUACGUUCUUAUACUAGCAAUUGUAGGGCUUUACCCCAAAGGGCGCCCUUCCAGAAAUUCUCGAAGGCCAGAGACAAGCCCAGGCCUACGAGGGGGUUUGGAAAUAGUUUUCAACCAGCAAUAGACGCGCCUCAGUUAGAACCUCACGAGCUGCGUCAUUGCCCCAAGCGCAAAGAUGCGGGUGUCUUCUUCACCUUUGUUCUUUUAUA